AUGAGGCUGACUCUGGUGCAGAUCUGCUUCAUGAUGGUGCUGCUGAUGCUGGGCCUCGGGACGGGCCUAGGAUUGGGCCUUCACAUGGCCGCAGCUGUCCUGGAGGGUAGCGAUGAGCUGCUGAAUGAAUUUUGGUCCAGUGACUCACAGGAUGAGGCCAAGGCCACUAAGGAGGGAGGGGGCACUCGAACCACAGAAACCUUGCUGCUUAGCAACAAAGGAGUGGUGCCACCUGGCUGGCCAGAAGACACUGUCCUCAGCGAAGAUGAAGUUGGAGGGAACAAGAUGCUCAGAACUGAGGCUCUCUUUCAGAGCAACAAAGACUAUCUUAGGGUUCACCUGAUGGCCAGGGAAUGCAACACCCUGAUGGCCCCCAAGGUGAAGGAGCACAACUGCAUGCACAUAACUGAGUACACAUUCAUCCACAAAGAUCUAAAUACAGUCAGAAAUGUGAACAGUCCUACUGUUGCCUGUGAGCUCAAGGGAGGCAAAUGUCACAAAAGCACCUGUCCUUUUGAUUUGACAUUCUGCAAGUUAUCCAGAUCAGGCCAAGUCACUCCUCACUGCAAUGUCACUCUCAUUUUUGAAAAGUUCAUUAUCAUAUCCUGUAGUGACAUGAAGGUACAGUUAAUAUCUGGACAAUGA